CUUCAGUUUCGAUUCGUGAAAUUUCUACGGCAAAGCGUAAAUUUUAACAGCAAUGACCGACCAUGAAAAACCGAAUAUUAUCCAAUGUCCCCGAUCAAUUCGCAAACCUUUUUUGGCGAGUUGCUUGUUGGAUCUGGGAGACUCUCGAGCUCAUUCUGAUCAUCAUACUUGACUGCUUAGCGAGGCUAAUUGAACUAAUACUCGUGAUGGUGAAAUUAAUAUUUCAGGUGAUCUGUUUCUUCAGGGAUUUAUGCAUCGACGCGAUGCAGACAUUCGCUCAUGUUUUUCGAGGAAUCGUUAAUGUCAUUAGCAGCAUCAGCUGCGAUGACGUCGAGGACUUCGCCUCUGCCUGCAUCGUCGUUGCCUUGUGCACCGGGGCCAUUAAGAUGUUCAUGGACCUUCUGAAGAGGGUAUACACAGAGUAUAUCGCGAUAAUCGUUAUUGUCAACAACGGACAGCAAUUCGCCGAAGCGGGUUAA